CAGAGGCUGGAGGGCAGGCGGCUGGCUGCAGCAGCUGCGGGUGGCCGGCUGAGCGUGUGCCUUGCGGUAGACGAGGAGGUGUCGGAGAUGCCACCGUCUCUGUGAGGAGCGUCGAGCGGGUCGCGGCGCUCAGUCCCCCGGAGGCGCUGCGGGUGGGGGUCAGUGGCUGCGGGCGUCCGCCCGGCCAUGGUUGCCGCGGACGGUGGUUACCGCGGCGGCGCUGCGGCCCGGGGCCGUGGGAGGCCGGCACAGUCACAGUCGUGGUGCUGAAGCCCGCGGGGCCCAGCCGCAGAUAUGAAGCGGAGCCGCUGCCGCGAAAGACCGCAGCUACCGCCGCCUGCCCGUCGGGAGGACGGGGCUCAACGGGCGGCCGAGCUGUCCCAGCCCCAGCCUCUGCCCUCGCGCCGGCGAGCGCCACCCGGGAGGCAGCGCCUAGAGGAGCUGACCGGGACCGCGGGGCCGGAGGGCGGGGAGCAGGAUGUGGUAACUGGACUUAGUCCUCUGCUCUUCAGGAAGCUCAGUAAUCCUGACAUAUUUUCAUCAACCGGAAAAGCUAAACUCCAGAGACAACUUAGUCAGGAUGACUGUAAGUUACGAAGAGGAAGCCUGGCCAGUUCUCUAUCAGGUAAGCAGCUGCUCCCUUUGUCCAGCAGUGUACAUAGCAGUGUGGGACAGGUGACUUGGCAAUCUUCAGGAGAAGCAUCAAACCUUGUUCGAAUGAGAAACCAGUCCUUUGGACAGUCUGCACCUUCUCUUACUGCUGGCUUGAAGGAGUUGAGCCUUCCAAGAAGAGGCAGUUUUUGUCGGACAAGUAACCGCAAGAGUUUGAUUGUAACCUCUAGCACAUCACCUACACUACCACGGCCACACUCCCCACUCCAUGGCCACACAGGUAACAGUCCUCUGGACAGCCCCCGGAAUUUCUCUCCAAAUGCACCUGCUCACUUUUCCUUUGUUCCUGCCCGCAGCCAUGGCCACAGAGCAGACAGGACUGAUGGACGGCGCUGGUCUUUGGCCUCUUUGCCUUCUUCAGGCUAUGGAACCAACACUCCUAGCUCUACUGUCUCAUCAUCCUGUUCCUCACAAGAAAAGCUGCAUCAGUUGCCUUUCCAGCCUACAGCUGAUGAGUUGCAUUUUCUGACAAAGCAUUUCAGCACUGAGAGUGUGCCAGAUGAGGAGGGACGCCAGUCCCCAGCCAUGCGACCUCGGUCCCGCAGCCUCAGUCCUGGACGGUCUCCAGUUUCCUUUGACAGUGAAAUAAUAAUGAUGAAUCAUGUGUACAAAGAAAGAUUCCCCAAGGCCACUGCACAAAUGGAAGAGCGACUGGCAGAGUUCAUUUCCUCCAACACUCCAGACAGUGUAUUGCCCUUAGCAGAUGGAGCCCUGAGCUUUAUUCAUCAUCAGGUGAUUGAGCUGGCCCGAGACUGCCUGGAUAAAUCUCGGAGUGGCCUAAUUACAUCACACUACUUCUACGAACUUCAGGAGAAUUUAGAGAAACUUCUGCAAGAUGCUCAUGAGCGCUCAGAGAGCUUGGAGGUGACUUUUGUAAUGCAGCUGGUAAAAAAGCUGAUGAUUGUCGUUGCCCGCCCAGCUCGACUCCUGGAGUGCCUGGAGUUUGACCCUGAAGAGUUCUACCACCUGUUAGAAGCAGCUGAAGGCCACGCCAAAGAGGGACAUGGAAUUAAAUGUGACAUUCCCCGCUACAUUGUUAGCCAACUGGGCCUUACACGGGAUCCCCUUGAGGAAAUGGCCCAUUUGAGCAGCUAUGACAGUCCUGAUACUCCAGAGACAGAUGAUUCAGUCGAGGGUCGUGAGGCAUGUCUGCCAUCUAAAAAGACCCCUUCUGAAGAGGACUUUGAAACCAUUAAGCUCAUCAGCAAUGGCGCUUAUGGGGCUGUAUUCCUGGUACGGCACAAGUCCACCCGGCAGCGCUUUGCCAUGAAGAAGAUCAACAAGCAGAACCUGAUCCUACGGAACCAGAUCCAGCAGGCCUUUGUGGAGCGUGACAUACUGACUUUUGCUGAGAACCCUUUUGUGGUCAGCAUGUUCUGUUCCUUUGAGACCAAGCGGCACUUAUGCAUGGUGAUGGAGUAUGUUGAAGGAGGAGACUGUGCCACUCUGCUGAAAAACAUUGGUGCUUUGCCUGUGGAUAUGGUACGUCUGUACUUUGCGGAAACUGUGCUGGCCCUGGAGUACUUACACAACUAUGGCAUUGUGCACCGUGACCUCAAGCCUGACAACCUCCUGAUUACAUCCAUGGGACACAUCAAACUCACUGACUUUGGACUUUCUAAAAUUGGCCUUAUGAGUUUGACAACCAAUCUGUAUGAAGGCCACAUUGAGAAGGAUGCCCGGGAGUUCCUUGACAAGCAGGAGUGGGAACACUCCCACCCCUCCAGCCAUCAUACCAGUGAGUUGCCUCAGGAUGCUGAGCCAGCCUGGCUUCUCUGUGCCCAGGUGUGCGGGACCCCGGAGUACAUAGCGCCAGAGGUGAUCUUGCGUCAGGGCUAUGGAAAGCCAGUGGACUGGUGGGCCAUGGGCAUAAUCCUGUAUGAGUUCCUGGUGGGUUGCGUCCCUUUCUUUGGAGACACUCCGGAGGAGCUCUUUGGGCAAGUGAUCAGCGAUGAGAUUGUGUGGCCUGAGGGUGAUGAUGCACUUCCUCCAGAUGCCCAAGACCUCACCUCCAAACUGCUUCACCAAAACCCUCUGGAAAGACUGGGCACAGGUGGUGCCUAUGAGGUAAAGCAGCACCCAUUCUUCAUGGGGCUGGACUGGACAGGACUUCUUCGCCAGAAGGCUGAAUUUAUUCCUCAACUGGAGUCAGAAGAUGACACCAGCUACUUUGACACCCGCUCAGAGCGAUAUCACCAUGUGGACUCAGAAGACGAGGAGGAAGUGAGUGAGGAUGGCUGCCUUGAGAUUCGACAGUUCUCCUCCUGCUCUCCAAGGUUUAGCAAGGUAUACAGUAGCAUGGAGCGGCUCUCCCUGCUUGAGGAACGUCGGACACCAUCCUCUACCAAGCGCAGCCUGAGUGAGGAGAAGGAGGACCGUUCAGAUGGCCUGGCAGGGCUGAAGAGCCGAGACCGGAGCUGGGUGAUUGGCUCCCCUGAGAUAUUACGGAAGCAGCUGUCAGUGUCUGAGUCGUCCCACACAGAGAGUGACUCGAGCCCUCCAAUGACAGUGCGACGCCAUUGCUCAGGCCUCCUGGAUGUGCCUCGCUUCACGGAGGGCCCUGAGGAGGCUAGCAGCACCCGUAGGAGGCAGCAGCAGGAGGGGAUAUGGGUUCUGACACCCCUAUCUGGAGAGGGGGCAACUGGGCCUGUCCCUGAACGGUCAAUGGAGCGACGACUGAAGUUGGAUGAAGAGUCUGUUGGCCAAGGUGGCAGUUCCAGUCCAGCCAUAGAGACCCGAGGCCAUGGGACCCCACAGCUGGCUGAAGGAGCCACAGCCAAGGCCAUCAGCGACUUGGCUGUGCGUAGGGCUCGCCACCGGCUGCUCUCUGGGGAUGCAAUAGAGAAACGCACCACUCGCCCUGUCAACAAAGUAAUCAAGUCUGCCUCAGCUACAGCCCUUUCCCUCCUCAUUCCUGCAGAACAUCACACCUGUUCUCCAUUGGCCAGCCCCAUGUCCCCGCACUCCCAGUCAUCCAACCCGUCAUCCAGGGACUCUUCUCCAAGUAGGGACUUCUUGCCAGCACUUGGCAGCUCGAGGCCUCCCAUCAUCAUCCACCGAGCUGGCAAGAAGUAUGGUUUCACUCUGCGAGCCAUUCGUGUCUACAUGGGUGACUCAGAUGUCUACACUGUGCACCAUAUGGUGUGGCAUGUGGAAGAUGGAGGUCCGGCCAGCGAGGCAGGGCUUCGUCAGGGUGACCUCAUCACCCAUGUCAAUGGGGAGCCUGUUCAUGGACUAGUGCACACAGAGGUGGUGGAGCUGAUCCUGAAGAGUGGAAACAAGGUAUCUAUUUCAACAACUCCCCUGGAGAACACAUCCAUUAAAGUGGGGCCAGCUCGGAAAGGCAGCUACAAAGCCAAGAUGGCGCGAAGGAGCAAGCGGAGCCGGGGCAAGGAUGGGCAGGAAAGAAAAAGAAGCUCCCUGUUCCGGAAGAUCACCAAGCAGGCAUCCCUGCUACACACCAGCCGCAGCCUUUCUUCCCUUAACCGCUCCUUGUCAUCAGGGGAGAGUGGGCCAGGUUCUCCCACACACAGCUAUAGCCUUUCUCCCCGCUCUCCCACUCAUGGCUACCGGGUGCCCCCUGACGCUGUCCACUCAGUGGGAGGAAAUUCAUCGCAGAGCAGCUCCCCCAGCUCCAGCGUGCCCAGUUCCCCAGCUGGCUCUGCGCACACACGGCCCAGCUCCCUCCAUGGUCUGGCACCCAAGCUCCAACGCCAGUACCGCUCUCCACGGCGCAAGUCAGCAGGCAGCAUCCCACUGUCACCACUGGCCCAUACCCCUUCUCCACCACCAGCAGCUUCACCUCAGCGUUCCCCAUCACCGCUGUCUGGCCACGGAGCCCAGGCCCUUCCCACCAAACUUCACUUGUCACCUCCACUAGGCAGACAACUCGCCAGGCCCAAGAGUGCAGAGCCACCUCGCUCACCACUACUUAAGAGAGUGCAGUCUGCUGAGAAACUGGCAGCUGCACUGGCUGCUUCUGAGAAGAAGCUACCCUCUUCUCACAAGCAUGGGCUUGACCUGCCCCACUGUGAGCUAAAGAAGGAACUGCCACCCAGGGAAGCCAGCCCUCUGGAGGUAGUUGGGACGAGGGCUGUGCUGUCUGGGAAAGGUGCAUUGCAAGGGAAGGGAGUGCUGCAGCCUGCUCCUUCACGGGCCUUAGGCACACUACGGCAGGACCGAGCUGAACGACGAGAGUCACUGCAAAAGCAAGAAGCGAUCCGUGAGGUGGACUCCUCAGAGGAUGACAUGGAUGAGGAGCCGGAGAAUACCCAGAGUGUACAGGAACCAAGCUUGGCAUCCGACCCAGAAGUGGGCAAGAAUCUACCCCGCAGAGGAGCAGGAGAGGAUGAGAAAGAGGAAAUCGUCUUGCCCAAGGAUCCAAGGAAUCAGGAUUCAAUGGUCCCAAGCCUACUCACAGGGGUCUUAGUGGGGCAUUCAAGAAUAGAAGGUCCUAGUGUCCCCCAGAGGAGGCUGGGGAGCCCACAAACCUGUGAGGAGGCUACCAGCUCCUCCUUACUAGCCCCACAUCUGGAUAGGUCUAGACCCACAGAUCUCACUCCCACUGAAGGCUGCUUAAAGGCCCAGCACCUCCACACCCAGGCACUAACAGCACUUUGUCCCAGCUCUUCAGGACUUAUCCCCACAAGCUGUUCUGCUGCCACCUCCACCACUGGGAAGCUAGGCACAUGGUCUUGGAAAUUCCUUACUGAGGGCCCAGACAGGGACUCCACAGACAGAAAGACAACAACAGCAGGUGGGCUAGCCAGUCCUCGGGAUUUGGAAACCACAGCUCUGGCUCAUCCUAAGAAUCUAUUUUCUGGGGAGGAGGGGAAGUCACAGCCACUCAAUUCCCCCGGGCUGGCUCAUCCACCUCAUGAGGUUCUCGCCCAAAGCCAGCUACAGAAGUCUGAAUGUGUACAAAUAAAGAAAGAAGACCCAUCCCUGAGCAUCACCAAAGUGCCUGAUGCCUCAGGUGACAGGAGGCAGAAUGUUCCACACAAAGGUUGCCCACUCACCCAAGAGACUGAACCCAGCCUACUCUGGAGGGGCCAAGAACCAGGGUGCCAUCAAAAGCAUCAGGACAUCGUCUUGACACCCGAUGAGUUGUUAAAGCAAACAUAGCAGUUGUCGCCAUUUCUUGCACUUAGACCUGUGUAAUACACAAUCCUGGAAACCA